GCCAAGCCGUAUAUGUAUAUUUAUAUAUAAUUUUAUCGAAUUUGGUGGAGUUAAUAUCACUGUUGAGGGACGUGUAAACGUAUAAAGAUAUGUUGUGUAUGUUAUUGUAUAUGAAAAACGUUGAUCAGAAUGACACCCAACAAAAUGACUCCAGUCAGUGGUGACACUGGCAGCAAAAUGUGUGGCAGUAGCACAAGUGCAUCUUCUGUUGCUGCCACUCAUGAUGGCAGCUACAGCCACCGCAAGCAGAGGAAACGUCUUGACUCUUCUGUCUUGGCAGCCUCUAGCGGUGCAUCAAGCAAAAUGUUGAGCGCCACAAGUACGGCCAACAGCUCCAAUGGUGCAAACAGCAAUGGAGGCAACAGUGGCAAGAACAUCAGCAGUGAUGAUGAGGACAAAGGGCAGGUGUGGACUCCAAAGCAUCUUGGUGACCUCAGGGCCUACAACAGAUCUGCAUCAGAGGUGCCUGCUGAGCUUUUCCGCAAGGAUUUGAUCUCUGCCAUGAAAUUAGCGGACAAUGAGCCUCUGGCUCAAGAGGACUACUGGGGCAUCCUGGACCCCUGGAAGCAGGAGUGGGAGAGGGGAGUGCAAGUGCCUGUAAAUCCUGACCUGCUUCCCAUACCUUCAGUUACCACUUUUGUGGAGGACAUAGGCCGCAACACCACUGAUUUCAGGCUGCCUAAGAAUCGCUAUAUCCGCGUGAACCACGAUGAUUUCUUUGACAAUGAACGGCACAUUCUGAGUAACUUGCCCACCAAGGCAGAGAAGAUGUGCCGCUAUGAUCUGGACGUCCUCGACAAGACCUGGCUUGAAUCCUACAAUGGCGAACGAGCUAAGAUGGGUGCCGAGCCUGUCCCUGAGAUCAUCUUGGAGCAAAUCGUGGAACACUUUGAGGAGACGUGCUGGGAGAACAUUCAGAAGCUGCUGCAGGAGCAGGAGGCUCAGGCCAUCGAGUAUGAUGAGGACACCAUCUGCGACGUCUGCAGAUCUCCUGAGAGCGAAGAGGGCAACGAGAUGGUCUUCUGUGACAGCUGCAACAUUUGCGUGCAUCAGGCGUGCUAUGGCAUCACCACCAUCCCAUCAGGCUCCUGGGUGUGUCGCACCUGUGCUCUGGGCAUCAAGCCGGACUGUGUCCUCUGUCCCAACAAAGGAGCUGCCAUGAAGUCGACCAAGUCAGGCCAGAAGUGGGCACACGUGUCAUGCGCUCUGUGGAUCCCCGAGGUGUCCAUUGGCUCUGUCGAGAGGAUGGAACCCAUCACCAAGAUACCGAACAUUCCUGUAUGUUGUGAUCCAUUUCUUGCUGAUGGCGUCAAGCUCAGGUCAUACUGCGAGAAACACAGCCGGCAGAAGAAGACGAGCGGCGCGAGCGAGGAGAGCGACGGGGAGACGACGACCUCCGUGGCGGCCUCCGCCAAAAUAGCGGGCGGGGGCCGUAUCGCCCCCCUCGACUCUUCCCCUUCAUCCACCCGCAAGAAGAAGGACCUAACCUCCGAGCAGAAGAACCAGGCGCGCGCUGCCAAGCUCAGGCAGAUUGAGACUGAGUUUUAUAAAUAUGUCGACACCACGAAGACUUCCAACUAUCUUGACAUUGAUCUCGAAACCACAGAGGCCAUCUUCUAUUACUGGAAGCUCAAGAGAAGAUCCGGCUUCAACAAACCCCUGCUCACGCCACGCAGCGAGGAAAUAGACUUCCUCUGCCACCAGCAAGACCACGACCAGCGCCUCAAGAUGUUCGUCCAGCUGCGCCAGUAUCUCGAGCGGGUGCGCAACCUGUGCUAUAUGGUGGGGCGGCGCGAGAAGAUGGGCCGAUCUUACCUGAAGACGCGCGAGCAGGUGCUGCUCAAACAGUCCGACAUCAUGACCUCCAGCCUGCAGCUCUCCAGCAGUGAAGUCGAGGCCGUGCUAAGUGCCAAUAAGGGACCUUCAGUUUACGAUAGGCUGUGUUCAGGUCUAAAUUCAACCAUCGUCUCUUCAGCCCAAUUUAAUAGUUUCAUUAGAUUACUCGAGUCUUCGCAACCCGACAACUUAACUGCUGCUCCCGCCAUAAAGAGCUCCCAUCAUAAGAGUAAGAACCGCAAGAAGAAAGAUGUGAAUGGUUUGGUUCGCCACGGAGGUCGUCACGAUCUCAACCCAUACAGAAAAGAUUACAUCAACGGCGCCGAACAAAGGAAGUCGCGGUCGAGUUCAGCUAACUCGUCGGUUGAAACGGACUCUGAUUCUCUGUCGUCUUCGCGGUGGAUGCUUCCCAAUUCUUCCCGCAUUCCUGUUUUCACGAGCAGCGAGGAUGAUAUGCCUAUUAAUAGUAGAUUUAUUAACCGUCACCAAACUCUCCCUAAGCCUAAUGAAAAAUCGAAAAAAUCGGGCUCCAGGAAAAUCUCUUCUAACGGAGGAAGAAAACCAAAUAAAAUCAGGCCGACCACCGCUGAUUCUUCGCUAACACGCAGCUCUGAAGACGAGAAAAUAUCUAAAGACUUUGAUGCUCUGCUACAAAGUAAAACAAGUCCUGUUAAGGCUAAGAAAAGCUCGCAGUCUUCUGUCUCUCGAUUGUUAUCUGUGCGAGACCCUCUUUUUGAAUCAUCAGAAGAUGAAACCGAGAUCACUCUGUCCAAAGCGCCUCCCUCGAAGGGUAGGGGCAAAAAGCGUGGCUCUCAGAAAGAUCCAGUGCCUGGCAGCAGUGGUGAUGAGAAGCCUCCUGUUGUAGUUCCCUGUAAACGAGGUGCUCGUGCUGGUCGAGGGAAGACGGCCCGAGGCUCUAGCAUUGUCAACGCUGCUGUCAAAAGCAGUGCUUAUUCUGAUGAAGAUGAAGAUGAUUUGCCUAGACCAACCUAUAAGCUUACAACAGACGAAGAGAAUAGUAACGAUAAGCAAUCUGACGUGUACGAACUUUCGGACGUAAGCGUCAAGAGUGAAAGUGCCAAGGGCAAACGUGAGACUGAUGAAGAGAAGUUCUUUGUAGCAGACAGUAAAGAUAGCGUCUUGGACGCUCAAAAUUUUGCCAUGCUCAAGACAAAAGCCGCCAUGAAAGAGUUCACUCCAAAGAUAGAAGAGAAAGCUGAGAAGUUCAGCAAAAAGAAGGAGCGACGCUCGCAACGUGUCAAGUCAGACGAUAGUGAGGCAGCGAAUGAUUCUGAGGGACCUGACUUAAGCCUCUUUGUACCACAGCGCGCGGCCGCUAAGAAAGCGUCUGAGUUGAUAACUUCUCACAACGUGAGCGGUACAGCAGCUCCAGCUACCGCCGCGGCGCCUCUGAACAAUGCUGGCGCUGUCUCCGCUGCCGAGAGCUCCCAUGAAAUGAACAAGAGACCGCGCGGAUCGGCAACAAGGGAUGUAUGCGUCAAAAAAGAUGUUAAGACAUCUCCUGAAAAGUCUCCUUCAAAAUCCAAGCGAGGGCGACCUCCCAAAGACCGGAGCUUAGAACGAGCCGAAUUAAGAGAUGAGCCUGACAUGGCCAUGAAGAAAUCUCUUUUUGAAGCCAAAGAAAUCCUUCAUUAUGUUCCAAUCAGACAGGCAGCUAUGAAGGCGGCUCAGAAUCUCAAGAAUAAAGGUGCUACUGUAAAUGAAGAAAUGCCGGUUUCGUUGGCGUCAACAGUUCCUCUGGCUUCUGAUCCUGCUACUUUAACCACUCCGACGUUGAGCGCCUCCAAUAAAAGUAAAAGAAACAAAUUUGAAGCUCGCGUGAACGCUGUUGACUCGGCUGCUGUUAAAUCUCCACGCUUACGACGAUCUGCGCGCUCCACGUCCAGCCAGUCAGACUCGGACUCGGAUGGCCAGCUCACUGAUCCUAAGCGCGUCAAGCGAGAUGUGCUCGUGAAGGAGAAGGCUCCGCGCUCCAUGUUUUCUGAGAGCGAAGAGGAAGUAUUCACUUCUCCCAAGAAAGACCGGACUAGAAGCUUCUCUUUAUUAGAUAGCGAAAAAUCGCCUGAAAAGAAGCAGCUUUUUCGUGGCGACAUGUUUGUCCACGAGUAUCAAAGCUCAUCUGAGAACGAUGAUGAAAAAGACAGCAGAUUCUCCAUCACAAAUAUUAAAAGCAGCAACACCUCAAGUGUGCGCAAAAGUACAGCGUCUCUCGGCGAGAAGCGAUCACAGCGAAAUCAUUUGCAGCCGAGCGGACGAUCCGAACACUUCCGACGAGAGGUUGAGAACGAAGAGCCAGGUCCUGGAACCCAUAGGAAGGCCCCUGACAAGAAGCUUAAAACUUCCGAAGGGCGGCCUGAACAUGGGUUUCAGCCGCCGACUCCUGCAAGAGGCCAAUCCCCCAGAGUGCGAGAAUUCCCAGUGUCAACCUUGCGAGGGUCUCGAGUAUGUCAAACUGAACGCGAGCCGCGAGAUGCUGAUGGUUGCAGCCGAGGUAACACUCAUGAAUCACUCUCGGAGGGCUGUGGAGAGUCGUCACAAAGAGAAGAAAAAGUUUCCUCUCUCGGAGAGUCUCGCACCUACUCACCACUACCCAAAUCCACCGCCGCUCUCCUUCCCAAUCUCUCCGCCUCGCCUGCGCACGCUCGUGUCUCCUUGCCACACUCCCCCCAGUCGCCUCUCGCUCUUGCCCAUAGUUCCCCAUCAUCUGCAGCCUCAUCCUUGCUCCACAGAACUCAACCCUCAGCUUCCCAAGAUUGCCUUGGAGCUUUCCCUGCCCUCCGAACCGCAAUCAAAUCUCGAGAGAAACUACAGCUUGCGGCGGGCACCGUUAAGCCCCCUGCUUCCAGUGAGGCGCUUCAAGAGGAGCUCUUCGGGACGCUCCCCCGCCAGCAAAAGGAGGCGCCCCUGAAGACUGGCGAUCAAGGCGCUUUGGUCCCUAGUGAGCUCAUGCGCCCUGACAGUCGGUCGUCAGGUCUUGCUGAUUUUGUUGUGAAGGAAGUAUCGCCUCUGAGGCGACUCCCAAAGUCGCUUGUUGCUGACCAAUCGAUUAGGCCUAAAGAUCCUCUUGAGAUGAGCCCGGCUUUAGAGGAUGCUUUAAGUAAAGCUAAUAUAGAUACCCUUAAAGAUACCCGAUUUGCUUCAGAAGUGUCUGGUAAAGAGCGUGUGGAGCAACCUAAAGAUAGUGGAUAUAAAAGUGCAAUAACAACUCCAGAGCCAGUCGAUAGGUUGGACUCGAGCAGACUUCUUGAGAAUCGUGUACAAGAUAGUGAUGUCAGUAGGAUUUUAGGUGAGAACCAAACUGUUGUGUGUAAUGACGUGCGAACGUCUAGUGCUAAUAGUGACUAUGGUAGCAAUGGUAAUAGCAGCUCCGUGUCAGGUAUCAGCAGUAGUAGCAGUACUAGUAGUGUAGUACCCGGUGAAGUGUCCCCUGUUAAACCUUGUAUUACGUCUUAUGACAACAAACUGUCUAAGAACAUUGGCAAUAACCGCAGGAAAAACCUUUCUAAGCUCAUCGAUGACAUGACCAAAAAGGUCAAUUCUGAUCUCUCUUCUAAGCUGUGCUCGCCACCCCACCAGGCCUUCUCGUCCUCUUCUCCCCACCACCCACAUAUACCAGCGUUUGCUACCACCCACCAUAUUCCUGUUACCGGCGGUCACCGCGCCCUCUCUCCUCUCCUCCCUGCCUCCCCUCGCUCAUCUGUCGCCCUGCCUGACACGAGCAUCGGGCAGCUCCUGCCUACGUCUGUCCUGACGACUUGUUCUGACGCGGGCCUUUUCAGCAACGCCUUGCCUCACCCCAACCCCGUAGCCACGUGUCAGGUCGACGUUCCGGGUACCGUCCGUCCGGAGUCCCGACCUCCUACCAACGACGUCCCAAUGUUGGAUGUAUUGAACGAGGCGUCACCUCUGGACGACAACGCCCCGCCCAGCGACAUGGACAGCUCUGACACCGCCAGCAUCAGCGUUGCGUCGUUCAAGCAAUGGUGGCGUAGUCAGUUUAAAACUUCGCCUCCACGCUCAUCGUUUGAUGGACUGCAGUCGUCGCAGCUAGACGCGCACCUAGUGCAGCUACAGCACCUGCCUGACUAUCAGGUGUCGCACCAUCUCGAUAUUCGUAACUUGCAAAUGAUGAAUCAAUUGCACCCACCAUUUGGUGUACCACAAAGUCUCUUCAAUUCCUUCAUGUCGAAGGACGAAUUUCUGAUCAACUCAUUUGUCAGACAGCAACACCUCCACCAACAACAAGAGCAACAACAACUUGAUUCACAGCAAAAGCUUCUACAGGAAAAACAGCAGGACCUGGAAUACAGUGCUUCUGAAAUAGCCGCUAAAGAAUCAUCGGAUCUCUCAACUCCUAAGAAAUUCAUUAAUUCUUUUAUCCAACCUCAUUCCAACAGAAUGUCGCCCUCUUUUAAAAGUGACUUCUCUUCCCUCGGUUGUAACGUGAGCUCCGAUGCACCAAUGAGCCCAAUAUCUGUUGGAAAUUUGGCUGCACCACCGAGCUUCGUUGCGACUGCCGUCACGGACCACAUGGGCUUCCAUCCCUCCUUGUGUGCUCCUCCAGUCAAGUCCAUGCUCGUCGCCACACGUCCUCCUGCCUCUCCUUGUCACUUGCCAAGAGCUGGGGUACAGUCUCCUCACAAGACGCCUUCAUCAGUGACGGCAUCUGAAGAAGAAAUCGUAGUGGAUAACGAGAGCCCUUUAGCCAGCGACAGAGUAUUAUCGCCUCCUCGCCUUUUGGGGACCGCACCCCCCACAUCCCAGCCAGCCGACUCCUGCCUCGACCAACACGCUGUUCCUUCUUACCAGCCGUCGUCUGCCAGUUCUCCUCAUGACAAGUUCAGGAAGGACGCCGACGUGAGCUCACCUGCCGCAGCUCCUGUUGGCAUGUCCCCUCACAUUGUCACUAAACCUUCUGUAUCUCCUGCUUAUUCUGGUAAGUCUCGCAGAAGCCAAGUCGGGAAGGAUGGUGUUGCUGAACUUAAGAGUAAAAUGGAUGCAUCGCUGUCAAGUCCUGGCAGAGUAAUGCCAAUUACAAUAUCCUUGACAAGUGGGAGCAGCGCACAAGCAUCACCAUCAUCUCACCUUAAAAUUUCACCAUCACUUUCUUCUCCUCGAUCAAGCAGACGUCUCCAAGAGGCUGCUGCAGCCGUAGCUAAAACACCGGCAUCGGUAAGUGAUUCUGGUGAUACUUCUCCAGCAUCGAUCUGGCCUCCUCCACUCACCAUCAUGAGCCCUAAACCCGUGACACCACAAGUCACCCCCCGUUCUGCAAUGGCUGAGACUGUGUAUGACGUCACUGAUGAUUCUGACGUUGGUACUAGUGGGUCCAAAGCCAACACUCCCGCUGCCACUCCCACUGCCGAGCACUAUAAAAGUAUGUCUCCACAACAGAAGCGAAUCCCCAUCUAUAUGACUGGGGCUAAGGCCGGGAAAUCUAGCGCGUCGCCGGAUAAGAAAUCGCCUCGCGGCCAGGCGGUGUCACCGCGUUGGACGCCCAAAGAAGAAGCAAAGAAGAAAGUAAACAGACGCAGCAACCAGUCUGGCGGUAAAGGUGGCCGUGGCAGAGGUACGGCUCGCGUGAAGGGUAAAGGCCGUCAGAGCAAAGUGGCUGUUCCGAAGGAACUUGUGGGAACGGUGUACGAUUUCGAUUUUGAUGACGAAUUCAGUGAUGCCAAGUCUAAAAAUCAGUCCACUUUGGAUGAUUUGCGGAUGCUCCGAGAGAAGCGUCUAAGUGUUGAUGCUCCUCAGCCUCCUACUCCUACUUACGCACUUGACACUCGGGAGCCACCUCUACCCUCGUAUAAGAAAGCCACAAAGGAAAGGAAGGGAAAGAACAAGGAGAAAGAGAGCAGCCCCAAGCAAAGCGAGAAGCAGCAAGAUCGCUCACCGUACGGCGAAUCUGUCCUCCAUUCCUUACCUCAACAGUCCCCUAAGAAUAUCGUCCCUCCCGUCAAAAUUUCCUCCACAGGCGUAAGAGACGAGAAUAAAAUAGUUUUAUCAGAUUCUCACUACGUGUUAAAGAACAAUGUGGAUUUUAUGUCUACUGCUACAUACACAGCAACGCCUGCCGCUCGUCUAGGUUCAGAUGACACCAACAUUCUCAAGAUUAAGAUCAAAGGUCCGUACGCUAAUUCCGCGUCAUCCAGCGCCCCCGUGCCUCCCCCUGAGCCGGAACCGUCAUCCUCAGCCACAUCUUUCCGACGCAUGAGAAAGAAGGAACUUAUUCGUCAGUAUUGCAAUCAGGACCAGAAUCCUCUGCCGUCUGCGGUCGAUGCUCAUGGUGGAAUGGGGAUCGGUGGUGCAGUUCUAGGUGGUCCCUCAGCGACGGGUGAUUUUUGCAUUGGCGGGAUCGUUGGCAGUGGCUUGGGCAGUACCGGUAUUGCUAAUCCGCCUCCUCAAAAGCGCGCUGCCAUUUUUAUCCCGAAAGCUGUUGCCUCCAUGCCUACCAUUCCCAGUCGGGAGGACUACAAGCGGCAUCGCAACCCUCCGGAGGACGGAAGUAGUUCGUCUACAUCAGCCGGUGGCGCAAGAAGGCGACGAGCAGCUCGAGAAUCUGCGAGCAGAACCAAGCAACAGCAGGCCGCUGCUGAGAAGCAGGAAGAGACCGACACUUCCAGCAGAAAACGUGCACGGAGCGUCAGUAAGGAGGAAGAAGUGAAGAGCGUCGCAGAUGCUUUGCCACCCGCUAAGUUGAGAAUAAGCCUCAGCAAGAAAGGUAGCAAAGUGACUCGUGUCGCUGAGCCUUCACCCAACCAAAGUGCUGCUGAAACUCCUGCUGUUGCUGCGAUUAUUCCCUCUGAAGCUGUUGAUGCUGUCACGCCCGGCGUUGCUGCCGCUCCUGUCAAAGACAGCACUGACAUGGGGAGAUUCCGCCCACCUAAGAAAAGGCUACCGGAGGAGCACUCGUUUGAAAAAAUACGUAAUGAUAAUCUUCGUUUCCGUGAAGAAAUAAUGAAUUCAUUCCCAAAACCCCGCAACAAGAAGCGGAAACACCGCGAUGGCAGUAGUAACAGUUCAGACAACGAAAUGGACGAUGAACUGUGUAAGAGCAAGGCUUCACCUGACGGCGAUAAUGACGUUACAGACGUCACGGUCGUAUCGAAUGAGUCGACGAAGCUUGUACUUCGCUUCAGUAAAUCCUUAAUUAAAAUUGAACCUCCAGAUCGUCCACUAACGCCCACUCCUCCUAGCAGCGUCAAAAGCAAGGGAGACAGCGGCAACAAUAGUGAUGCUCCUGGAGCUUCUGAAUUGUGGCCUGGUGCGGACGAUGGAGGAGUCAGAACGGGCAGGAAGGCUUGCAACGUCUCCGCUGACGACUGUGGUGGCAACAGCAAGUCAUCAAAAGAGGACAAUGGGUCCAGAGAAAAGAUAGGCCCACCUCAGAAGAUGAUGCCUCUCAAGUUGAAGUUACAGAGGCGACCUGAUGGUUAUACUUCAGCGCAUCCCAGUUUACCAGGUUACUCUCUGCUCGGCCAAGGGCCAGGGCCUCCUGUCACACAACCGCUCGAUCCACCACUCUUGAUCUCCUCAGCCUCUCACUCUUCGGAAAAACAGACCCUGUCUUCUGAUGGAAAAAAUUCGCCUCCUACCAUCGAAACAAUCACUACUAGAACCACCAGUGUAAACUAUGAUAAAUUGUCCAACAUUCUACGAGAUUCAAACACAACUGAUAAUUCAACAACUUUAAAUGAUUCUUCUUGUCUUUCGCCUCAGCCACCGUUGACAUCAGUUUGGACAAACUGCAUUGCCACGACCUCAUCCUCGUCUCCUACGUCUCACCUUCCAUCUAUAGCUGACUGCCCUUCGCAAUCUUUUAAGACGAACACCAACAAUAAUAACAAUAACAGACAGAAGAACAGCUUUCAUUCAAUCGGAGUGUCGGAUAGUAUAGGCGUGUCUGGCUUGCACUCCGAGGGCUCGACUAACUCUCACGUGACGAACAACUCCUCGGAGCUCAACGACGACGUCCUACAGCGGCUGGAGGAGCAGCUGGCCGCCUCUGAUGGAGGAGGCGUCGUGGGUGAGGCAGGAGGAGGCAGAGAAGGCUGCGGUAACGGCAGUAGUAGUGGUGGCAUAGAAGGAGAGUCUCACCACGAGCAUCACCAUCCCAAUCAUACGUACAAAGAGAACUCUAAUGCCAGAUGAUAGUAGUGAGUGAGUUGUACGCGAGAGCUGGCACCGGCUGCUGGUAUUGAUGUCGUCCUAAUCCAUGCUCAAGUCUUGACUUAAUUUAAUCCGCCCGUGUAACGGUGCACUCACUAAUUCGAAUUUUCUACUAUCAUGCUCAGUUACCUGAAAUUGAAUUGUAGCUCUCAUUUGUUGCGUCAAUUACUGCAUUUUCCCGUGGAAAGUAUUUUAAUUGCAAUUGAUAUUUUGUAUAAAUCUAUGUGUAAAUUCUCUGUAUUGACGAAUUCGACUUUUCAUUUGUCUCUCAUUUGCAUGGAAGUCUGAACUUGUUUGAAGCGCAGCACUCAGUGCUCCCUAGACUGACGACAAAGCAGCGCGACUAUCGCUGCGCUGAGACGCUCUGCUGAUCUCAGCGGCUAUACUCACGCGUCUCGUGUUGCUGCUAACACACUUCUUCCAUCCAUUCUCUCCUACUUGGUUAAUUCUGACAAUUGUAUACUUCAGAGAGUUGGAUCAAAACGAUCGUUUUGCAUUUUAUUCAAUCUGUAGCUAGUGUCUUCUCCUAAAUGUCACGACUCGUGAGUUUGAUUUAAAAGUCUAUUGCAAUUUAUUAGUUCAGUUUUUUACGCUUAAUAGUAUUGAAACUCCUAUCCAUUUGUACGUUGAUAAUCUAACCCGCAUAAAAUGGAAUGCUUUUAAAAUGUCACGAACAUUUCUUUUUAUUUCCAGCAUCGUCUAAGUGGAAUCAAAUUCGCUUCUUGUUUUAAAUUUGAUACUUGUUAGAAUCGUCCGAAAUGCUUCAAAAUUCUGUUAGUAUAUUUUAGUUUCCUUGACAUUGUGUAUGGGACAAGUGUACUGCAACAUCGAAACUCCAAGCUCGUUACAAUCGAGUGCUUGACUAGCCUUACACGGCGUGCGUGAGAGUUGCCCUGAGCUGAGCAAGCUGCCCAGUGCGGUGAAGUGACUGAUGCCGCGUGCCGAAACUCUCGCUAGCUGUACAAAUGUAAAUACACGUCGUUCAUGUUGCUCACACCUUCAUAAGGUAAUGUUCUUGUUAUUAAUUUAUAUUGUUAGAUAAGGCAAUAUUUUACAGAAAGUUGAACGAUAAACUUCUGUCCCGCAAUCCUGUUAGAUAAAGCGUAGCAGGACCAACAUUUGUUGUUCGUUGGUCUUGCCCUGCAGUCGUGAACUGCUCUUCUAACCCUUCGAAAAGAAUCUAUUCACGUAACAUAUAAUAUUUUUUAUAAUUGAAGCCAUUCUUUUGUUUAAGAUUCCUAAAUGCUAGCGACGUUACUUGAGGUGUCUAUGUUCGAACGUGUCGUUCCGUCCUACAGAUACACGAAAUAAAUUCAAUUCACCGAAGAUUAGUUUUCUUGGACUGGGUUUCAUGAAAGAUUUUUCUAACGGCUUAAUUUAGUUGGUUCACGAAAAACUUACUAUUUUUCAUAACAUGCCUUGUCCAGAUAUUAUAGCUACGAAAUAUUUGUCUCGAAAUGCCGCAGCGUUGCUCGUAGGAAACAGCUUCGUUUUCCCAUCGCAAUAUUCUGCUGCGAUGUUCAUUCAUGAAACAUCCAUUAUUGAGAAACAAAUUUUUUUAUUUUAAUAAAAUUAAUUAGGGAGGAGAGCAAAUUGAUCGAAUUUCUUGGAUUGAGCAGGAAAUAGUCGAGGCUCAGCUUCAUAUUUUAACUGAUGCUUUUGCUGAUCAAAUCUGCUGAUUGAGCUGAUUGAUCUGCUGAUUGGUAAACCCUGAGCAGUCGGCCGUCGCUUCCCUCGACAAUGGGAAUCGUACGCAAUUUUGAAGAAAAUUUACAUUUGAGUAAUGGGACUUGGCUGUUACAUCCUGCAGAUAAGAGGAGAUUAGAUUGUCUUUCUUUAUUGCGGUGCAAGGUUCUCUUUGCUGUGACCACUGGAGUUAUAUCAACUAAAAGCUCUCGCUAAGCGCAGUAUCUAAACGUAACGACUGCAACUCUCCUUGCAACUCAAAUGUUAAUUUUUUAAAGGUAUUGUUAUUAGACGAAAAAUAUCCUUAUUGUUUCUCUCGCACAUGCAUAGAUUCUCAGACAUGUGUUCGAUUUCGGGGCCAGAAUGUAGCCCGUUUUGCAGGUACUUCGCCAGUACUUAAUCUGCUUAGCGCCUUCUCUCACCACCUGUUUCAGUUUACUCUGCUUAGCGCCUUCUCUCACCACCUGUUUCAGUUUACUCUGCUUAGCGCCUUCUCUCACCACCUGUUUCAGUUUACUCUGCUUAGCGCCUUUUCUCACCACCUGUUUCAGUUUAAUCUGCUUAGUUUCACCGCAAGGGUUAAUUUAGAAGUUGAUUUUGUUUUCGGAAUUUGGAUAGAAAUUUUGCUGUCGGUUAAAUUGUAUUGGUAAUCCAGGCGUUUUCGACACUUUCUUAACGUUUUACAUUGUAUUUUAAAACAUUUCAUUUAAACGCUGCCACUUUACUCAAAAAUAUGCCCAGCUCGUAAAGUUUUAUCUAUUUAAUAUUGGCGUAUCCUUAUUCCAACUGGAUAGCUUCAGUUUCUGUCAGAAAUUUAUGCCGUUCUAGUUUUUCAGUCGUUUGCUUCGCCAUUAUGUGCGUAUAUUGUGCUUGGAAUAACUGUUAGAUAUCAUGUUAGCAACGCUGCUAAUUAUAUCACCGGUGUCAUAAUUCUUCGUAAUAAUCCUUGCUUCAGUGGAUUCAUAAACAUCUUUUGGAUGCCACGGACAAAGGCAAGAAGUCUGUCCAUCUUGAUCUUACGAUCUCGACUUUGCGACUGGCGCUUCUUUAACAUUUUCUCUCGAUACCAACUUGUUAUGAUACAAACAUAAGUGAAAUUUAUAAUGAGAGUACUUGAAGCUUACGUACGAGUUCUAAUGCCUUUUUUCUCAAAGAACUCUUCACACUAAUGAAACUGAACUUACCUUACCUACAAAUGAUUUUAACAAACGAAUACAGAUUUUUAUUUCUUGACUGGUUUAACUCGCAUUAAAUUUCGAAUUAUUGGCGACACCUCUUCAUCGACUACGCAAUUCCUUACUUUUAUGUAUUUUCGCUUCAAAAUGAAAGGCACAACGAGACCAUACCAAAAUACAGUCAGGAAACAUGCAGCAUUCGUUCGGUUGUACCUUUCGGCCUGAAUUUAUAUGCUAGAAAAUAGCCUAUUCUAUGCCCUCCAUUGAACUCAAUUAAAAUAUU